AGAGGAGAGGGAUAGAGAAAGGAUGGGUAAGGACCAGGACCUGCUUCAUGCGGUGAAGACCGAGGAUCUUCUGACGGCGCAGCGGCUUCUCCAGCGACCCAGGCCCGGGAAAACCAAGUUGCUUGGAACAGCCAAGAGGGUCAAUGUCAACUUCCAGGACACAGACGGGUUGUCUCCUCUGCACCAUGCUGCUCUGAGCGGGAACAAGGAGCUGAUCUCUCUACUGUUGGAGGCUCAGGCCACAGUGGACAUUAAGGACCAGAACGGUGAUUCGUCCACUGCACUCUGA